GAAAAAUUGUAUUUAUUCAUUCAAAAACGAACAAAAUAAGUGUAGAAAGUAAUUUUCAAGUAACGUAAUUUUUGAUCAAUAAUAAUUAUUGUUAAGUGUCAUCGGAAAUGGCAUUUUCAUCAAGAUCAUUAAUUAGAAGACAAUUUAAUUCUAUUUUUCGUAAACAUUCAACGCUAGCUGAAACAGCAUCCCUAACUUCAGAUGAAUCUCCACCGAUUCAAGUCUUACGAACGACAGAAUCGAAUCCAAUAAAUCAUACUCGUGAUCAUUUAACUCGUUUUUACACAGUACCACAUCAAGUUAAAUCUACAUUAUUCCAAAUAUGUACAUUACCUGAAACUUUUGAAAAAAAUACCGUAACAUUCAAUGAAACAGCUCUAUUAAUAAGAGAGCCGGCUGUUGAGCUCAUAUCAUAUUUGGAACAGACAGAUUAUAGUCGACCACCUAAUAAAUAUAUUCUAUAUGGUGAAAUUGGAACUGGAAAAACAUUAACUUUAGCACAUUUAUUACAUUAUGGGUUAGAAAAAAAAAGUUUACUUAUUCAUCUGAAUUGGGCACCAUUAUGGUUUAGAAGAACUAAAGAUAGAAGUUUUUCACAAACAAGGGAAGGUCUAGUAGAUUUACCCCUUGAAGCUGCAGCUUGGUUGUUGCAUAUAAAACAUCAAAAUGCAUCGCUUUUAGGACAACUUGAUCUUAGACUUCAAAAAGAUUAUGUUUGGAAUCCUCGUGAACAACAUGCUGCUGGAUCACCUCUUAUAGAUUUAAUCAGUUUUGGAAUAGCUCGAGUCAAAUAUGCUUGUGAUGUUGUCGAUGCUAUAAUAAAUGAAUUUAAAAUGGCUAGUACUGCUGGUCGAUGCAAUUGCCUUGUAGCUCUCGAUGGUAUCAAUAUUUUCUUUGGAACUAAUUCAAAAUUAAAAGAUCCCGAACAUACUUUUGUUUAUGGUGACAGAUUGUCUUUAUCUCAAUCCAUAUUGAAUCUUUUGAAAAAUGAUUGGUGCAAUGGAUCUAUUCUUCUAACUGUUGAUAAAUUAGCUAUGGAGGAGAAUCAGCAGGAAUCAUUCUAUCCUCGAUAUCUUUUAGGAGAAAAAGGUUUUGAAAUUCUCGAUCCUUUUCUACCAGUUGAAGUAAAAAACUAUACUAAAGAUGAGUUUGAUGCAGUUAUGGACUAUUAUAAAGAUCGAAUGUGGAUUAGAAAUGUAACAAAACAAGGUCAAAGGGAACUAGAAUUAUUAUCAAACAAAAAUCCACUUGAAUUAAUGAAUUAUAUUAAUCCACUUUAGAACUCAAGUAUUUGUAACAAAUGUAUGGUUAAGAUUUUGCUCCAAUAUAUUUAUAAUUUAUAGAUGUAUAAUCAAAAAUAAAAAAAAAAUUUUUUUUCCAA